AUGGCCGCCGACAUCAGAGAACCACAACCGGGCAGUGGGCAGCCUCCACGGAAGCUGCCUCCGGGCGUGGUAUUGGAUAAGGAUGGGAAGCCCUCCAAGGCCUCAUUCAUGUCACUGGCACACAAGCAGGCGAAGCCAUCCUCCAAGGCGAGCGCCGGGGCAGCGACAGCCGCAGCUACAGCCGCCGCCGCGACGGCAUCUCUCCAACCUGCCAACGACUGUCCAGCCGACGUAGAGACGCUCGGUCGGAGCACCUGGACGCUACUACACUCCAUCGCCGCGACAUACCCGAAAGCCCCGAGCCACACCCAGCAGUCGAAUCUCAAGAGCUUCAUGGGCCUGUUCUCCAGGCUGUACCCCUGCUGGGUGUGCGCCGAGGACUUCGAGUCCUACAUGGAGAAGGAGAAGAUCCGAGUCGGCAGCCGAGACGAGUUUGGCAAAUGGUUGUGCGAGGCGCAUAAUGCUGUCAACACGAAACUGGGCAAGGACACCUUUGACUGCUCCAAGUGGGAGGAGAGGUGGCGGACAGGAUGGAAAGACGGUCGAUGCAACUGA